UUCCUUUGAUAAUUAUGUCUUCUAAGCAAAUUUUAAGUUUAUUGCAACUACGAUAAAUUUUCAUAUCGGAUUUUUAUGCUGAUCCAUUAGUAUUCUACCGAGCUGAUAAUCAGUAUAAUGGCAUUAUACCUAUGAAUUCCGCUCUUGCUCACUGCUCAGUCAUGUGAUAUGUGAAUAAGAUCUCGGCGAUUUUCUAAAGAAAAAAAUCGAGUGGUUUUAUUGUUUAAAUUUCAUUAUGGUUAAUGUUAAUUUUCGUCUAGUUUUAGUUUUUUUGUGCAUCGGUAGAUUAUGCUGUGAUGAACUGGAUCCAAAAGAUAGAGCUGCAAUCUUGAGUAAAAUAAGUAGUAAUCUUAUGGUGAUUCCGCAGUCAAUUAAACCUCCCGAUCAAAGCGCGCCUCCAAAUAAACAUUUCCGCUGUAAUGAUGGAGAAUACAUCUCUGGUAGCAAUUUUUGUCCUCUUUAUGAACCUGAAGCGAUAAAUCCAUGGACUGGUGAACGUUUUGAAACCUGUGACGAUGGAAGCGAUCGUACGUAUGGAUGCGACAAAUAUGAAUGCGGGAAAGGUUACUUCAAGUGUGAAAAUGGAACAUGUGUGGAUAUAUCUACCCGUUGUAAUACAAAGAAAGAUUGUUCCGAUGGAUCUGAUGAAUUAAAUUGCGGAGACGAAAUAAAUGUUCAGAAUUGUUCAUUGGCUGCUGGAAAAUUUCUAUGUCACGAUAAUUUAAGAUGCUUGGAUUUAGAGUACACCUGCAAUCAAGAAUGUAAUUGUUUUGAUUGCUCGGAUGAAAAAGAAAAUUGCACGAGUCACGAUGCUGAAUUGAUGAACAAAUGUCCUCUGUCUUAUUUCACUACUCCAAAUGGUCCAAAAUGCUUUUGUGAUACCGACAAUCCUGAAAUGAAAAAAUUAUGCGAUGAAAUUAAACCAUGUGCACAAUCAAAUGUUUGUAAUCAAAGGUGUCGUCAGUGGAGGAAUAAAAUUUCUUGCUCGUGUUAUGACGACUACUCGUUCAUCGAUAUAUCUGGUGCCUCAGGAUUUGUAUGCGCGAGUAAAGCAUCUUACAAUAAUUUAUUAGCGUAUUCGACUUCAAAUCAGAUAAAAAUUGUCAACUUGACAUCCGGAGAAAAUAUAUUCAUCAAAAAGAAAGUGCAAUGCGGUGAUGUCGUGGGCAUCCGUGAUCACCUGUAUUAUACAUCCUAUGACUAUAGUGAUAGAAAAACAAUUUAUAGAACUUCCAUCUCGUCUGGAAAGACAACUAAUGUGAUUCAAUCGAACUCUUCUAUAGUUUCAUUUGCUGUGGACUAUGUAACUGGUAAUGUGUAUUUUACUACAAAUACAUCGUUAUCUGUUUGUUCAAACGAUGGCCAGAUUUGUACGCAGUUGAAAUGCUGUAACGUGAGAUACGUUGCUUUGGCUCCAAAAUCUGGGCUAAUGUUUUACAUGAAAAAAUCUGAUUACCAAGAUGAUAAAUUCAUUAUGAAAUCUUCAAUGGACGGUUCAAAUGAAGAUUACAUGGUGGAUGGCGGUUUUAGUCAUUUUACCGCUUUGGCAGUCGACGAAUCUACCCGAAAGUUGUACUGGGUGCAGAGCGAGGAAAGUGAAAUUUGGUCAAUAUCGUACGAUGAAGGACCAAAUGAAUUGCGGUCAAUCAAGUAUCACGGAAUCUUGAGAUAUUUUUCAGUGCUAGAUAGCGAGCUAUUUUUCACGAAAUUACGAGAUAACGAAAUCUACCGAAUUCAGAAUAUCGAACGUUACACAAAAUAUUUCAAAAAAUCAUAUUUCGGUGCAUUAACACCAUAUUUCGGCUACGGCUCUAGCUACAUGUUCCCAUCCUAUGGUUCCCCCUCAAUGAAUGAUCCAUAUCUAUCCUCUUAUUCUAGUCCAUUUUCAGUUAGAUAUGUACCCCAUGUAUCAAUAAUACCCUCUACUAAAGUUGCAUCUAAAAGUUCCAUUAAAGGUAAAACUCAACCGACAUCGAUGUAUGAUUAUUAUCCUUCAACUGUGGCUUCGUUAGAAGGAAUCUCACUGUAUGACAAUAACGCGACGCGAUUGGUUGAUAGAAACGUCACUUUCACCAUUAAAGAUCUAUACGCUUAUAAUCCCACAUGGCAGGCUUCUAGCAAGAAUCCUUGUUCGAAAGUAUCCUGUAAUGGCUUAUGUUUGAUACGAGCGAAAUUAUCACCAAACGAUGACGAUUGGGUUUGCAUUUGUGAUGACCUGAAUAAGAAAAAUGGUCAGAACUGGUGCGAUGAAUCUUAUCAAGAAAAUAAUCCUGCAGCUGCCGAGUACUCGAAUGAUGCAGAUACUCGUAAAAAUGAACCGCUCGUGUUGAAGAGCCAGUCUGCAGGAAAUCAGAAGGCGUUUAUUGUAACUGUUGUAUUGGUUUCCGCAUUUGUAUUGGGGCUGGUAGUAUUGGGAGUUUAUUUUGUGUUUAGAAAACGAAGCUUGUCUGAGUAUUCUAGAACUCUGCGGAAUUGGAGAUCUAAUAGGUCUUUGGAACAAGUGAAUAUGUGCGAUCGAGUGGAGACGUAAUUUAUUACCUAAUGUGAUUUUAUUGACUUACUUACCUAUACAAUUACAUUAUUGAUUUUAAA